AUGCCAGCGCUCCGUGAUGCCCUGGGAUCACAGCAGCCGGACGAGUCGACGCUUCAACCCCGGUCCGACUGCAGCUCCAGUUUGCAGCAGCAGCAGCAGCAACAACUGCACCAACAGCAGCAGAAUCACUCCUAUUCAUCACCAUCCCCAUCACCAUCCCGUUCGCCAUCAGAACCCACGCCCUGUCCAGCAGAACAACGCAGCCAGCGAAGCGUAUCCACACAUCGACAGGCGCGCAAACCAUCCCCUGGCCUCGCUGCUCGUUUAAAGGCCUUGGGCUUUGGAAAAGACACGAACACCAGCACGAAUAGGUCGAAAAGCCCCAAUCUCCUGCCUUCCGAUCGAGUAGGCCGCAUUCCGGAAGAUCAGAUUCGACAGCUCGACCACAUACACCAGGCGAAUUCCGUCAACCCCUCGAUCGAGAGACGUGGUCGAGCCUGGAGCGGCACAAGUGGCUAUCUAACGCCGCAGGUCACUGGUGGCAGCUUUAACGACGCUGCGGCGGGCGACGCGCGUGGGCGAGUCUUCGAAGGGGGAACACGUCGCCGAGAUUCAAUCGAGAGCGUGGGCGACAAGAUUAUGGUCACACAUGCGGAGGCCAUCAAUAUGGACACGCAGAAGUACCGCCUGCCAGAGCAUGCAAACGGCAAUGGGACCAAGGCGAUGCCCGACACGAAACUAGCACAUCUUGAAAGAUCUAAUGUGCCGCCAGAUGAUCUGGACAUCCCACCGCCUCCUAUCGCGAAAGACACGCCUCCUGGUGGAACCACACCUGCAGAAUUUACGGGGGAGGUGCCUUCAUACUUUAAUCCCUUCGGACUGCAGCGCGCCGGCUCCAUCUACACACUCUCGCGCGUCUCUUUCGCAAAUCAACUGGCGCAACUGACCUCAUUACAGCUACCGGAUGCCGAGUUAUUAUCUACCAAAGUAUCUGCUAUACCAACCUCGAAGGCUGCUUCUAAAGCAUUGAUGGGAGCUGCAGAGCAGAUCCGUAGCUGGAUUCACAAAGCAUCAGAGGUAAUUGCUGGCCUAGAGGGUGAAGACGAUGUAGAAUGGGCAGCCGCUGGUGGCAGAGAAGGGUUGGCAGAAGUGGACAAUGCUAUCGCCCGCUUUGAAGAACUCAUCAACGUCUACGUCUCGGCUAUCGAAGCGCUACAAAAUCGUCCCGAUAUCUCGACAGUGCCAUCCGAGGAGCUCACAACCGUUGUGCUGCAGGUUGAGACUAUUCUGAAAGAAUGGGAGAAGAUAAAAAGGACGCUGAAGGAUGUCAAAAACUCGGUUGAGAUCGCUAUGGAGUGGGAAGAACUCUGGAACACCGUGCUGGGGGACAUUGGGAACGAGAUCGACGUCCUCUCACGGCUGGUCUUUGAGAUGGAGGAAAAGCGACACAAGUCCUUGAUGGCAGAAUCAGGCGCAGAUGGAAUGGACAUCAAUGAGUUGGAAACUAUCGUCGAGGAGACCCCUCCUUCGAAAACCAGACUACAGGCCAACAAUCGAUUCAGCUUGCACGGUGCCUUCCCAAUGAGCCCGAGUUCGCCCAACACUGCGGUUAUGGCCCAGGAUGACUCAAGCCUUCUAGCAUUGUUUGCACGAAUGCAGCCAUUGAGAGCAUCGUUAGACUUUCUUCCAAUGCGAUUAUCUACUUUCCAUGCUCGAGCGGAUGAAAUAUUCCCUACAGCUUGCGAGGAGCUCGAGUCGCGGCGUGACGGGCUUGAGAAAAGCUGGAAGAAUUUAGAGAAGGAUGCGGAAACUCUCCGGAGAGAACUUGGUGAAGAUCGUUGGGUACUCGUCUUUAGAGGCGCUGGACGACAGGCACAGAAGAUGUAUGAAUCGGUUGAACGAAGUGUGUCCAAGCUCAAGGAAGCGGUAGAUGCUGGGGUUCAUUUGAACAAUCCAGCAACGAUGGGCAACAAAAUCGAGAGUUAUGAAGCGAAGAAGAUGCAUUACGGCCCUGCCAUUGAACGAGUUAUGUCCAUUAUCGAACGAGGAGUCAAAGAUCGUUUAACCGUCAACGGCGAAAUCUUGCGGUUGCAUUCUGAUAUGCAGCGCAAGUGGGAUACGCUGAAAGAGCAGAUGAGCGAGUUGGAUCUAACCCUAGAGGAUAUCCAAGCAGACAGGCAAAGUCAACAACUCCGGGACUCUAUUUCGAGCAUGGUGUCGAACGACCGCUCCACCCUUAGCAGUAUCAACGACACCCCGGGAAGCUCACCUGCAUCAUCAGUCGUUAUGACAGGACUAAGCGGUGGACUUGAUCCCAUCACACCAGCAAAGAAUGGCAAGCUUCGUGCUGGGAAUAAGACUGCCCUACCACAACCUGGUGGGAGACGAAGAAAUGUUAGCAUGCCUGCGAGUGGGAGUCAACUUCCACGCAAGGGCGCUGCGAAUCGAUUGUCAACUUUCACCCCGCCAACCGAUCGCGGUUCUCUAUCACCUGCGAGACAGGGCUCAGCUACCCCAACUGGCAAUCGCCUCCCUCGGCCUGUGAGCACUUUAGAUGGAAGACCACGGUGGAACGCAAGUGUUAACACGAAAGAUACCAUCAUUGGCCACAACUUCAAGCCUUUAAGCCUAACAACCCCAAGCCCUCACGCCCGCACUCCGCCAAACCUUCAGUCCAGCCGAUCAUCUAUGUCGCACGAUUCGAAAAUCCCUCUCCGGUCUCCUCUUGGUCGUGAGAGUUCCGCAUCACCAGCUCCUGAAACUACACCAUCUCGCAUGUCUCAUUCCCGCCUCGGGGUCCGAGACCGUAUCUCUAGUCCUGGCCCCUAUUCCCAGAUUACCCUCGCAAACUCAUCGCCUGUGGCACGACCGAGGCAUCUCACCACUCAGUCAUCAAUGUCCGCACUCACCACAUCCGCCAAUCGCCGAGCUUCACUACAACCACAUUCCAGUGAUCCUACGGCAUCUAGUAGCGCGCUUGCAAAACAGAUACGGCCCGCGAGCUCAAUGGCAGGGAAUCGGCGGACAAGCCUGCUACCACAGCCAAGGGGGAGAGCAGGUUCGGGUGUAACUGGGCGAGAGAGUCCUCAGGCUGUAGCGGGGGCUGCUACUGCUAUGCGGAGAGGAGCUAGCCAGGUGAGCACGGAUAGUAAGGGGAGGGAAACAAAACCUUGGCGGGGAUGA